UUCCCAUAGCAACAGCAGAGAGGACCUGCAGUAAAAUCAGUGUUUUCGGGUGUGGAUCCAUAUUCUUAGAGGAACAUUACAAAAAGGGGAUUUCCUUCAACUCUGUGUGAACGACUCCUCGGGGAGUUUUGUUGAGAGAUUUAAAAGUGUGAAUGAGAGCAGUUGCCUCUCAUCCCUCUAUGGAGAUGUUGGUAACUAAUGACAACCAGCACUAAAGCUGCUCUGAAGUAUUACGAAUAACAUGGUGUGUGUGUAUGACGCAUGAGAGGAGAGAUGCAGAUGAAAGCAUGAUGUCGCUCCACAGCGUGCCAAGGAGGAACUCUCAGUCUGAACCCUUUCGUGACAGCACAGAGUUCUCUUUGCUUCCAACAAGACCCCGGUCCUCUGGAAACACGGGGCGUUCCUCCACAGCCUCUGAGCUCCUGGGUCUGCAAGUGCGAGGGUUCUGCUGUCCCCUGCAGCAGAGGCCCAGCAGUGGGAGGACGACACACAGGGUGAGUACACAAAGCAGAAGGGGAGGAGGGGGCAGCCGGACUCUGCUAAACGGUCUGAAGGGAAGGUUGGACGUCAGAGAAGAACCAGCGUCCAGGUCCAGGUCCAGGAGUUGGAGCAGACCGGAGAUGACCGCAGGAGGCGGAGCUCCCAGCGUGUGCCAUCACAGAGAUCCAAUCAGUGAAUCAGCAGAAACUCCCACAACCCCCAGCGAUGAGAGGCGGACUCUUCACGCACUGACCGGAGCCACAAAAGUUUCAGAGCUCCAUCUGUAUCUGCCUUCAUCGCUCUGUGAUGAUGAGGAGCAGGACGCAGAGACGGCAGACAUGAGGGCUACAGCAGAGGACACUCAGGGAUCUGAGCUCAAUAUGACCCAAUGCUAAUCCUCUGGUGUUCCUCAACUCUCCAGACAAGACCAACACACUACCUGUACUCCACAGAGCAUCUUCUGAAGAC